CUUCCAGAUUUCUUUACUUCACCUACCUACACAUUAUAUUCCCGGGCUGCAUGAUGGUUCAUAGCACGGUCGAAAAGAAGAAAAGGAUUGGUGCUCCGAAGAGCAGGAGGGGUUGUCAGACAUGCAAGGUGCGACACAAAAAAUGCGAUGAACAGAAACCAGCCUGCACCCCGUGCGUGCAAACAGGACGAACAUGUGACUUCCUCCACCCCACCUCGACCCCUCUAUCCAUUCAAAAGUCCAAAGGUCCCUUAAAACCCGUCCCACGAUCACGCAUGAUCCAGCUGCCCAAGUUGAUACCAACACCAACAUUCGGCUCCCCAUUCCUCAGCCAUGAACUCCCUCACUUCGAACACUUCUUUCACCUCCUCACGUUUUCCUCUUUACCGCAUCACUCCAACACUUUCCUCAGGCUCAUCCUGCAGAUCUCGCAUGAAGAGACAUGUAUACGGCAAGCCGUCAUCGCUAUAUCGGUUCUACUCAAAUACCAGUCGAGACACCAUCAUCCAUCAGUCAAUGUGAAGGCCUAUUUGGUGGAGGGUUACCUUAUCUAUGCGAAAGCGCUGGAAGGCGUGAAUAGGAGGGUUGCUGAGGGAAAUGUCGAGAUCGCCCUUCUUGGCAGUAUCUUGUUUGCUAUGUUUGAGGUGUUAGCCGGCCGAGAGGCAGUUGGACAGCAUCUUCUGGGAGAUGGUGGGAAUGUAUUGAGAGAACGGUUGCGGAACACUAAACCAUCAGACACCCUCCUCGAUAUCCACCAAGCAUUCUGCUGUCUCGACAUCCAAGCCUGCACCUGGGACACCUUCUACGGCUCUUUCGAAGUCCCCGAUCCCAUCAUUCCAUCCACCUUCCACUCCCUCCAAUCCGCCCGCCUCACAUUAGACUCCAUCACCUACCGAAUGUGGCAUCUCCUGCGUCCCAUAAAACCGCACGAACAAACCCUCCCCUACUCCCCACUUCCCUCUCUCCUUGCCGCCAAAAUCUACCACAUAAACAACCUCCUAUCCAUCUGGCAAGAAAGAUUCGCGCAGAUGGAAUUUAAACCAGAAGAUAUCGCUGGUCACAAUAUCCUCAAACUCCAAUACCUAGCCGCGACUAUAACCCUCUCAACAAUGUUCUACCGCGACCAACUCGCCUACGACGCUUUCCUGCCCUCUUUCCGCUCCAUCGUCGACCUUGCGUCCUGUGUCCUUUUCCCUCCCUCUUGUAAGCAGAAAGUUCCACAGGGUAAAACAGCACCCACAUUCGCCUUCGAAACAGCGCUCAUACCGUCCCUGUACCUCACCGCCCUAAAAUGCCGCGAGAAAAUCCUGCGAAGGAGAGCAAUCGAGCUCCUAGGCUAUUGUGGGACAGAAGGGGUCUGGAUCGGCGCUGCUAUGGCGGCAGUCUCUAUGUGGAUCAUGGGACUUGAAGAAGCGGAUCAAGCAGAAGGAGGUUUUGUGAGGGAGGAGAUGCGGUGUAAAGAGGUGAGGGUUAAUAUUGAUCGGAGGAAAUGGAGGCUGUUGGUUAUGACGAGGAGGAGGGGGAGGGAUGGGGAGAUGGAGUAUUUGCCGUGUGGGUUGAGUUGGGGGGAUGAGGAGGUGGUGGUGCAGGGCAAAGAGAAGGAGGAGGAGGAUUGGGAGUUGUUGAAUAAGAUUGCGGAUUGGCGGGCGAGUUUUCGGACAUUGGAUGUUGUGCUUAGGAUUCCGGGGCGGGAGAGGAGAGGACGAAGAUGAGAUUGGUUGUGUCUUGAUUGGAGAGACUCGAAGUAUGCGGUAUGAUUCGAACGUACAUAUGUAUAUCCAAUUGUUGAAGAUGUUUGUAACAAUAUAUCCUGUAUUAUACAGUUGAUUGAGGGAUGUCGGGUGGCGAGAGCGAUGCCAACCUCAAAUCGAACAUUAAGUCAACAUCUUCAGUAAAAGAACAAUCGAGAAUCAAAUAUUCAUCCUC